UUCGUAAAUAAAAACGUGGAAUGAUAAAAAUAUUUUAAUUUAAUUGUGGAACUGUGCUGUGAAAAAAUCAAAAUGGUAUGGACACCCCUGAACCUGUCAGAAGUGUGUCCCACUCACACGCAUCUCUCUGCCUGCUCCCACUUCGCGUAUGUCUACUUGAAUCUACUCGUGCAAUUGUACGGUGACUCCCGGGAUCGCAGACUCAGCGAGAAGAUAGAUAGAGAAGAUGAUAGUGUUGUGCAGAAGAUAGCAAGUUACGAGCACAGAAGAGAAGAGUAUGACUUUAUAGUGGUAGGGGCGGGGGCGGCCGGCUGUGUUGUAGCGAAUAGACUGUCGCAGAACAGGAAUUGGAAGGUUCUGUUACUAGAAGCAGGUCCGGAACAGCCCGACGUUUCUCUAGUACCGGGCUUGUCGACGGUGCUGCUUGGCUCCAACGUGGAUUGGGCGUAUACUACUGAGCCGGACGGGAAGAGUUGCCUCGCUUCUCGCGGCGGACGAUGUGCAUGGCCGAGAGGCAAAAUGAUGGGCGGCUCGAGCGCGAUCAACUCACUAGCCUACAUCCGAGGUAGCCGCCUUGACUACGAUACUUGGGCGGACCUCGGCAACGUAGGCUGGAGCUAUAGAGAUGUACUCCCUUACUUCAAGAAAUCCGAAAGGAAUCUAAACUUUGAAGGAUUAAACCGUAAAUACCACGGCGUCACCGGCGAACAGUACAUAUCCCGCUAUCCUUACUUUGACAAGCCGUCCAUCAUGAUCACAGACGCCUUCCACGAGAGAGGAUUGCCGCUAACAGAUUACAACGGAGCUCAUCAAAUUGGAGCUAUGCAAGCGCAGUCUAUUUCUCUAGACGGCGAAAGAAUAUCAACCAACACUGCAUUCAUUCGUCCCAUAAGAUUUAAAAGGAAGAAUUUAACAGUGAAACCUAACUCAGAAGCCGUAAAAAUACUUAUCGACGAACAUAAAAGAGCAUAUGGUGUUAAAUAUAAAAAAAAUAACUUGAUGUAUACAGCAUUUGCUAAAAAAGAGGUAAUUGUGAGCGGUGGACCGAUUAAUGCACCGAAACUUUUAAUGUUAUCUGGUAUUGGACCUAAAGAUCAAUUAGAAAAUGCUGGUAUUGAAGUAAUAAAAGAAUUAGCUGUUGGUGAAAAUUUACAUGAUCAUGUUACAUUCAAUGGUAUUAUAAUAGUUGUAUCGAACAAUACAACGACUUUGCGUACGAAUGACGAAGUUUUACAAGAAGUUAUUGAUUACUAUAAAAUGGAUAUAAAAAGAGGUCCAUUAUCAGGGAAUGGCGCUGUCAGUUCUGUAUCAUUUAUUAAAACUGAACCAGAUUUACCUGCACCUGAUAUACAGUAUCAAGUGGAUAGUAUCAAAUGGAGGGAAUAUGUUAAUGAACCUAUAGAUUAUGAUAGAACGAGGAUAUACCCAACUGGUUUCUACGACGGUUUGAUACCUAGAACUAUGAACUUAGUCCCAUAUAGUAGAGGAAGACUUUGUCUAAAUACAACUGAUCCGAACGGUCAUCCACUUUUGUACGCUAAUUAUUAUGAUGACGAACGAGAUUUGAUACCAUUGAUUAAAGGUGUAAGAUUCCUUCUGUCAUUGGAAGAUACAGAAGCAUUUAAGAAAAUGGGAGCUCAUUUCUUGAGGGUUAAACUGCCUGCUUGUAAAGAUUACGAAUGGGGUACAGAUGAAUAUAUUGUGUGUUUAGCAAGACAUUAUACUUCGACGCCUUAUCAUCCUGUAGGCUCUUGUAAAAUGGGUCCCAAAUGGGAUGAGAAAGCUGUAGUGGAUCCAAGGCUUAGAGUGUAUGGGAUAUCAGGUCUACGUGUUAUUGAUUCAUCCAUAAUGCCCAUUGUACCUCGUGGUAAUACCAACGCACCAUCUAUUAUGGUGGGAGAAAGAGGCGUCGCCCUGGUGAUUGAAGAUUGGACUCAUAAUUAUAAACAUAAGCAAAAUUAAUUAUAGAAAUUCAAAAUAUUUUUAAUAGUAUUAUAGGGAUUUAGUCUGUG